GAUAUCGAGCUCACGGAGGAUGACUUCGUUAGCUGGUACAACAACAAGCAGUGGAGCGAGGAGAUCAUGGUGCCCGAUCCACAGGAGCGAAAGCUUCGCAGGUUCUGCAAGCAACAGGGCUUCAAGAUCACGGACGUCGAAAGGGUGAAGGCAGCUUUUGACAAGGCUGACAAAGAUGGGAGUGGCUACCUUGACCAGCAGGAGUUCCAGCAGGUGUAUUCCAAACUCGAGGGCAUCGACAUAUCCCAGGUCAACGAGACAAAGUUCCGGAUCCUCUGGCAAGAAGUGGAUGAGGACUUUUCCGGCUCGAUUGAUCUCCUCGA